AUGUGGAAGAACUCAGUGAGGAGAAAUGUGUUUCCAUUUUACUUUGUCCAACUUUUAUGCAUGUUUGCUGUUCAGCUGCUUCAGCAGCAGAGAAUUAAGGAUCCAUGGAUACUAAUAUCUGGCAGCUAUAUGGAACUCUUAUUGAUAUUGCUGAUAGAAAAUCCAGUUCAAAGAUUAGGUGCAACAGGGGCCAGAGAGGCCAUGUUUAUACCUUCGGCUGAAGCACUUGACCCUCGUUAUUUUAUGAGCCGCUACGUUCGGAACCCGGAAGAUGAAAAUUUACUUCAAAGGAAUGAUCCUGAAAAGUUUGUGAACCCCGGAAUCGACCCUCCUAAGGGUGUUCUAUGCUAUGGUCCACCUGGUACCGGUAAGACACUUUUAGCUAGAGCUGUGGCUAAUAGAACUGAUGCGUGUUUCAUCUGUGUUAUUGGAAGUGAACUUGUUAAGAAAUAUGUUGGGGAGGGUGCCCGCCUGGUUCGUGAACUAUUUCAGAUGGCACGUUCCAAAAAAGCUUGUAUCGUGUUUUUUGAUCAACUAGAUGCCAUAGGAGGUGCACGUUUUGAUGAUGGUGUGGAUGGAGACAAUGAGGUUCAGCGCACUAAGCUUGAAAUUGUGAAUCAGCUUGAUGGGUUUGAUGCUCGAGGGAACAUCAAAGUUCUGAUGGCAACAAAUCGACCAGACACUCUAAACCCUUCUGUUACUAGUGGAUCCGUGGUCAGUGCUAUUUGA